GUGUCGGCAAAUACCUUGGUGUUGGCUGACAGUAAUAAACUUUGUCUGCUAUAUCGGGAGCUCAUGGUGGCGAUUGAUGGACUGUGCAUGCCAGAGUCUUUGGCUCUCCGUUGGCCACCGGUUGCGAAACGAUGUGGCACCAACCGACAUUUCGGUAUUAUCGUGGGCUUCUACAUGCACUUCUACAUGUAUUUCAAACGCUGCCGGUUGUCCGGGCCACCGGAACGACGACAACAACCAAUGGAGCAUUAGCAGAACUCUCUGCCAAUCUAACGAUUCAUGCCACAUCUGUUAUCCCCAUACUUUCCCCCGGCAAACUGUUUGGUAGCUUUUGGGAAGAAUUCCGUCAUGCGGGGGAAGGCGGGAUUUAUGCGGAAAAGAUUCGCAAUCGAGCACUACAGCUGCCAAUAAUCCACACGCAAUCAAACGAAGAAGGAUGGAUCGUUGUCCAAGGUCAUGUUCACCGCGAUGAUUCCAAACCACUCAAUGCCAUUCUCCAGCAUGCCUUGUGGCUACGACCGACCUCCAGUCAACCCGCGGCUGUGGUGAGGAAUACUGGAUUUCCCGGUGGAAUGGCAGUCAUGCCCGGAGAAGAGCUCCAACUGUCUCUGUUUCUGUACGUGGACAACAGCAAUCCAAAGGAUCAGUCUAGCGAACCAGGAAGUGGUGUGACGCUGGAGGCAUCUUUGGUAACGAACGACAAGGAAAAUGGCAGCAUCAAUUCCACCAUUGCCAACGCCACCGUUCUGCCUAGUACACAACAAUGGAAUGAUUCUAAUGUGGAUCGAGCAAACGAAACAGAUGGAUGGAAAAAGGUUGUGGUCACCAUGACUGUACCCAAAAAUGAACAUUAUGCGGCAAGGAACGAAUCUCAAUCCAUUCCGUGCCAAUUUCAGCUUCAAGCAUUACUAUUGAAACCACCACAAGAUCACCACUGCAAACACAACAACACUGCUUUUGCAGACAGCUACAACGUUUCCAUUGGCGUAACGGUGGUAUCCCUCGUUUCCAUCACACAUUCCUGGAAUGGCCUCCUUCGUCACGAUGUACUGUCGUGGCUACGCGAGUCAACGCCGCCGUUUGUGCGACUCCCGGGUGGUUGUUACGUGGAAGGACUCCACUGGGGUGGACGGUGGAACUGGAAACAAACGAUUGGUCUCAUCGAGGAACGCCCUGGACACUACAAUGACAAAUGGGGCUACUUUACCAGUGAUGGUUUGGGAAUGUUGGAAUAUCUCACCAUGGCGCAAACUAUUGGAGCCAAACCGUUGCUCGUGGUGAAUGCCGGGUGCACCAUGACGUCGUGUGUGACGAUGGACGACGACAGCCACCAUUUUGUCCAAGAUGCGGUAGACGCCGUCGAGUUUGCCAUGGGAGAUCCUGCCACGACGUAUUGGGGUGCCCAACGGGCCGCUGCCGGACACUAUGAUCCCAUUCCAUUGGAAGCAUUGGGGAUUGGGAAUGAAAACUGUCGUCCCUUGUUGUUGCUCCAGUAUGCCCGCAACUGGCUGCACAUUGCCGUGGCUGUUCGACGCCACUAUCCGGACCUGCCAUUGGUGCUGGGCUGCGAAUCUCCCCAACAAAUGCAGACCGUCCUGGAGCUCGAACCACGGAUUCGUCAAAUGACCAAUCUCAUGUACGACAUUCACCGACGCCACGACCCAGCGAGUUUUCUACAACAUGCGCAUUACUUUGACGCAUUUCCACGGCGCACAGCAGAUCUCCCGACAGUCUUUGUCAGCGAAUACAGUAGUCCUCGGAGUGUCUUUCCAAACGGAGUAGAUCUGGGCGGUGCCGUGGCGGAAGCCAUCUACAUGAUGGGCAUGGAAGCAAAUUCUGAUGUGGUACGAAUGGCUUCGUAUGGUGACUUGAUGGAAAACAUUCAUGAUGCCGACACCACGGCAUCGGGCAUUUCGACAAUCCUCUUGGAUGCGACCGGAAGUGUUGGGACUCCAUCAUGGGUUGUGCAAACCUUGUUUAUGCAACACCAACCUCAUGGGCUUGUGACGAGUUCACUCUUCAAUGUGACACUACUACAUAAUCAGAAGAAUAAAGUUGGCGCUGUAUCAUCUUCGUCGGCAUUGGAAGUAUCGAGCUGGAGAAACGGCGGCACCGCUUGGUACGGUAAGAAGAAAGAGAGCAUGCUGACAACCUCCGUAUCACUAUUAUCCGACAGCCAUGGCGGUCGAAUCGUCGUCAAGGUGGCAAAUCACGGACACGCAACAGCUCGAUUGUACAUCCAGCUCAAAGGCAAUGAUGUGGUUGCAAAGAAAGACGCUGUAUUGCACUGGAUCAGCAGCGACGAGAACGAACCAAAAGACCAAAACACAAUGGACGAUCCAAGGCGAAUCCGCAUCCGACAGAGGACUGUUCCGGUGGUCAUGAAGGCUGGCUCUACCCUUGUCGAGCUGUUGGUCUCACCAUUCUCUGUCAGUGCAUUGGAGAUACCUCGACAGAAGCCGCAUUGGAAGCAAAAACGUAGCAAGAGCUCGAUCAACACUGACUCAUGAGCAUACUGCGAGGCAAAGGAAUGGACGGCGGAUCGCUUUUGUAGCGAAAAAACAGCAUACGCAACAUACGGUGCAUUUCUAAAGGGUCGUAUUAUACGGUAGUCCAGGGCUACAAAUUACCGCUGCUCCAACGUUCUUGUAUCGCAGACUCGACUCGUCCAAGAAUCCAAUCUCUCUUCUCUUCAAGAGAGCGAGGAACGAUACUUUCCAAGCAAGAAACCAACACAGUCGACCAUGGCCGCUCAAGCCAUCACAGACACCGCGUCGCUCAACAGACAAGCAAAGCUAUCCAAGCAAUCCACAUAAGCCAAUUCUCUUGGUCAAAAAUGAAACGUCUUGCCGCAAUCAAGAGGUUCUUCCUGUUUGUUUCUUCACACAUCAAUGAUAAAGAAUGGAGCAUCCGUGUCGACGCACUUACUUGUAGACACGGAAGCGAAUCUCCUGCUCCGAGAGAUACUCCCUCAUUCGUUUCGUCCAGGAGAGCUUUGUUCUCGACCAAGCGAGCCAAGAUCUUGUCCUCCAUGGCUGGUGCAAACUUGCAAGGACGUUGUAGUCUCGACACAGCCAAGAAAGGAUCGGAUGCCCAAUGCACAGGAAUUGCAAGCGGGGGUGCUUUUGGAUGGCUUCAAUUGAAGGACCCCAGUGUUCUGGUUCUUGGCAGCUGAAUCGAAUCCCUCCAAUUGUGGCUGUAUGGACCAAGCAACGAAUCAUCGCGACCAACCGGACAAGAAAGUCUUGAGUCAUGACUGUGGGGCUUCCGCAUUGAUGCCACUGGAAUUCAAGUGUCACAUCGACGAGGGUUUGUCCAUGAAGUGCUGGGAGCCUAUGCAACAGCGACCGUUGGGCAAAGCGUGUCCCCAUAGAACUUCAAGUGGAGUGGACGACAGGUCAUUUGCUCUGGACAAGAACUCCGCCAGUCGAACGUCGGAAAGAUACCAGCCGUCGAUGCAGCAGUCCUUUUGAAUCGUCGUAGAAGAAGGAACCGAAGAACCACGGAGGCGCAUUGUAGCUCUUGGAGCUAGUAGGGCAAUGUAGAUGUGGGCAUAAUCAGAGCACCAGACAGUACAACACAUGGAUGAAAGAAGCCCUUUACAAAUCCUUUGCAUCUGUUUGCCGUAUGAUGGGCGUUGGCCAACUCCUGCCUCACAGCAAUUAAGAUUGUGGCUCGCAUCGCAUCGAAAAUCAAGAGAGCUACUCUUCCAUGCAGACUCGAUUCCAGUCCCCCCAUCACAGCAUACACUGCAACAUCCUACAAGACAAGACACAAGUGGUUCUUACAUGCUCGAUGCACCAUCGCUUGCUGUGAUUGUGGUAGGCGCACAGUCCGCUACAAACUCACGGGUUUGAUCCCAAAAAUUUUCAAAGCUCAUGUCAUCAGGAAAUUGCCUCUAUUCGUUGUCAGCCAUAUUAGCUAUGCAUAGCUCAACCCAAUAAAUAAAUGGCGUUGUCAAACUAACUAAGAAACUAAAACUGUUCACC